CACCGAGCUUGAACUUUUGGAUAAUGAAAGUUGUUAUAUACUUUCCUAUCUCAACAAUUUACAUAUCCGAGGGAGUCACAUUAAAUAGUAACUCGUGACUGUAUAGCCCGAGCUCUUUGCUUUCCCCGUCGGGGUUCAGUGAACACCUGGGUUAUUUUGUAAUGCAGCUAGCUGGAGUUUGUACCCAAACAAGUGAAGCUGAUCAGAUCAGUUUGCAUAACCAUGUCCUAAUAAGAUGUCAACACUAUACUGAUCCAAUAAAUCAUGAUUUCUGCCAAAAUCAACCAUAAUUUUGAUAGAGGCAAUAUCGCCAAUAUGGACUCCAUUCUGUUUUCUCUCAUAUUUGCUGCUGCAAUACAUACCACUGCCGGUACAGUAAUGUACGACAAUGAUGAGGAGCCGAAGUCUAAGCAGGUUCUGAACAUAGUAAGCGAUAGAGCUCUGAACUUCUUGGAUGGCAUGAUGAGUUGUACCACUAACAGGACUUUCCUGGAAACAAUAGCGGACUUCGGGUUUUAUGGAUGCUACUGUGGGUUUGGUGGUUUCGGCAAACCUGUGGAUGGUGUGGACAGAUGCUGCCAGAGUCAUGAUAAUUGUUAUGAAGCAGCACAUAUGACACAGGGUGGAGCGUGCUACACCACCAUCGUUGAGUAUCUUGUUCCAUAUAAAUAUAAUCUUCAUCAAUGUGAUACAAGAGAGGCAUAUGUGACGUGUGCUGGUCUGGAUAAAUACUAUUGGUACGACUUCUUACCCAAGUGUGCCGUGGCGAUAUGCGAGUGUGACCGGGAUCUUGCAAUGUGCCUCGCUCGCCAACCAUUCCAUAAAAAGUACCGCUUCUAUAACUGGUUGAAGUGUUUCGGUGAGGAUGACGAAAAGAAUGAAGUUCACAAAGUCGAAGGAGAAGUAAUCUUUCAUUGACGAUAGAUUACGGUAAAAAAAGACACUGCUUCGAGAACGACCGUCCUAUAACUUGCCCAUCACUAAGAAUGACAGUGACCACGGAGCCGCGGAAUAUGAGGGGAUGGGCUGAGGGGCUUGACCCCCCUCCCCUUCACAUUUUUUUUCAGGGAACGUUUUCAUAACGUAAAAAAGUUGCAAUAAAUAUCAUAGCGGUGUCUUCAUGUUCAUCCCCCCCCCCAUCAUCACACUUGGGCUAAGCCCCCACCCCCUUCUUUUCCGCGGCUCGCGAUCCUGAUGUACAAUUUCAUUACAGGGCAUUUUAGCAAUUACUUUUCAGACGCUUUCUAUAACGCUGAUUAUCUUUUGUCAACAGCCCUUCAUAACAAAGCAGCCUUUGUCGAAAAUCGGGGAAUCAAAACAGCAGUGUCGUCCUGGACUCUGGACGAACGACAAACUUGCAUUUUUUUUUGUCCAGUCCGAAUCUAAAGACGAUAUGCUUUCCCUGUCCAUCAAUUUUCGACAAUGACCUCUAAUCUGUCCGUUGUGAUUUGACGGGCAUUUUCAAUACAUUCUCAACGUUCCAAAAACCGUCUGCAAAAUGUGGAAGGUAAUUACAAUUCUCAAGUAUUUCAAAUCCGAGCAACUUGUCCACUGUUAUCUUCGAAUUUCAUUAAGUGUAUAAUUAAACUUGUUUUGUGAACAUUGCCUAUAACCUUCAAGUGUCUUGGGUUGUAUGACAUGUGGAACGAGAUACACCCAUAUAUCUCGUUUAAAGUACCUCUUUAUUAAUGCUUCAGUCACAUUUCCCCUACGGCGGUCGUACAGCGAGUCGAAGACAGCCAUUUUAUUAAUUUUUAUUCAAACCACAUUAUGUAGCUGGUAUACAAAAAUGUUAAAACAGCUGUUUUCGACUCGCCGAACUGCCGCAGUAGGGCGAAUGUGACUGCGUCAUUAGGGACAAGUCUCAUUUCGUCAGUAAGGAUACCGGUAAGCAAGUUUGUCCGUAUACCCCCCCCCCCCACCAGCCUGCCAUUGAUAUAGUCACACCAACGAAACUGACUCCGACCAACCGAUGGUAUUUCAUAAGAUUGGUAAUAAUGUAUAUACCUUUGAUUCGGUCUGCAGUCGGUUUCGUUUUAAGUGGUUGUACAUCCUUCAAAGGGAUUGCUUUAAGUUUCCAACCUGUUUAAUGUGUCUGACCAGUAGCGGACCGUGACCCGGACGAGACAAAGCAUUGGGGGGGGGCACUGCAUUGUCUGUGAACAAUGU